AUGAACAGCCCAAACCCCACUGAAGAUGGUAUACCCAGAACUGUAAGCCUUCUCCAGGACCCCAAAAGGGAGCUUCAGAAGAUCCUGGAGUUCGUGGGGCGCUCCCUGCCUGAGGAGACCAAAGAGCUCAUCGUCCAGCGCACAUCCUUCAAGGAGAUGAAGAAGAACCCCAUGACCAACUACACCACCCUCCUCCCUGAGGUCAUGGACCACGCAGUCUCCCCCUUCAUGAGGAAAGGCAUCGUGGGGAACUGGAAAAGCACCUUCACGGCGGCCCAGAGCGAGCGCUUUGAUGCCCACUGUGCCGAGAAGAUGGCGGGCUGCAGCCUCCCCCUCCGCUGGCAGCUGAGGGCUACAGAGGGUCCUGUUCCAGGGGAAAUUAGGAAAUUUUCUAAUAAGGGGUAAUUCUAAGCGACAUGGACAAACACAUGUGCAGAAUAGUCCCUAAGAUAACCUCUUUUUACCUUACUUCAUUAGCAUAGUAAAAAAAUAUCCAGUGGUGAUUUAA